CGGGGAGCGCCGCAAAUGGCGGCGGCGGGACUACAACUCCCAGAGUGCAGCGCGCAGCGUCGCGCGGUGACGUCAGCACUGCGCCAGGGUGCCGGCGGAGCGCGGGAGCGGCCGGAGCCCCGGGCCAGCCCCGGCGGGACAACCGGACCGGACGGGACGGAGCGGCGAGGAGCGAUGGCUCGGGACAGCGAGGGCCCUCCGGCCAAGCGGUUCAAGGCGGCGGCCCCCGGCACGCAGCCCCAGAGCGCCGCGCCGCCCGCGCACGUGCAGCGCCGCUCCCUGCCCAUCUGCGGGGCCCGCGGGCCGCUGCUGGCCCGGCUGCGCCGCCUCGACACCGCCGUCCUCAUCGGAGAAACGGGCUCGGGGAAGACCACUCAGCUCCCUCAGUACCUGUAUGAAGCGGGGAUUGGCCACCCUGGUGUCAUUGCUGUGACCCAGCCCCGCAGGGUGGCCGCUGUCACCCUGGCUGCCAGAGUCGCCGAGGAGAAGAGGACAGAGCUGGGGAAGCUGGUUGGCUACACCGUGCGCUUCGAUGACUGUUCGUGUGCCGAGACCAGGAUCCGCUUCCUGACGGACGGGAUGCUGCUCCGGGAGGCCAUCGGGGACCCUCUGCUGCACAAGUACAGCGUGGUCAUCCUGGAUGAGGCCCAUGAGAGGACCAUCCACACUGAUGUGCUCUUUGGAGUGGUCAAAGCUGCACAAAAGAAGAGAAAGGAGCGGGGCCUGCGGCUGCUGAAAGUGAUUGUCAUGUCAGCCACGAUGGACGUUGACCAGUUCUCCCAGUAUUUCAGUGGAGCUCCUGUCCUCUAUCUGGAAGGGAGGCAGCAUCCCAUUGACAUCUUCUACACCAAGGAGAGGCAGAGUGACUACCUGCAGGCAGCACUGGUGUCCAUCUUCCAAAUCCACCAGGAAUCCCCUGCGUGCCAGGACAUCCUGGUGUUCCUGACUGGUCAGGAAGAAAUCGAAGCAAUGACCAAAACGUGUCGAGACGUUGCCCAGCAUCUCCCUGAGGGCUGCCCACGGAUGACAGUGCUGCCCCUUUAUGCUUCUCUACCCCACUCCCAACAGCUCCGUGCCUUCAAACCUAGCCCUGAGGGCUGCCGCAAAGUGAUCCUCUCCACCAACAUCGCAGAAACCUCCAUCACCAUCGCGGGGAUAAAAUUCGUUGUGGACACAGGCAUGGUCAAAGCCAAGAAGUACAGCCCUGAAAGUGGCCUGGAAGUGCUGGCAGUGCAGCAGGUGUCCAAGGCCCAGGCUUGGCAGCGCACAGGGAGAGCAGGGAGGCAGGAGAGCGGGAUCUGCUACCGGCUCUAUACAGAGGAGGACUUUGAGAAGUUUGAUGAAAUGACAACACCUGAGAUACAGAGAUGUAACCUGUCCAGUGUGGUGCUUCAGCUCCUGGCCCUGAAAAUUCCCAAUGUGCUCACCUUUGACUUCAUGUCCAAACCAUCUCCUGAUGCUAUUCAAGCAGCGAUUGAUCAGCUGGACCUGUUGGGAGCUGUGACCCAGAAGGAAAGUCAGCUUGUCCUGACCCCUCUGGGGAAGAAAAUGGCAGCCUUUCCACUGGAUCCAAAGUUCUCCAAGGCCAUCCUCCUGUCCCCCAAGUUCCACUGUGCAGAGGAGAUCCUGACCAUCGUGUCCCUGCUGUCAGUGGACAGUGUCCUCCACAACCCCCCUGCCCAGCGGGAUGAGGUGCAGGCUGUCAGGAAGAAAUUCAUCUCCAGUGAGGGGGAUCACCUGACCCUGCUCAACGUCUACAGGGCCUACAAGAACGUCAAUGGGCACAAGGGAUGGUGCAGAGAGAACUUUAUCAACGGCAGGAACAUGAAGCUGAUGGCAGAAGUCAGAGCUCAGCUCAGGGACAUUUGUGUAAAGCUGUCGCUGCCCCUGGAGUCGUGCCGCGGCGACACGGCGAGCGUGCGGCGCUGCCUGGCGCACAGCCUGUUCAUGAACGCGGCCGAGCUGCGCCUCGACGGCUCCUAUAGCGCCCUGGGCUCGCACCAGAGCGUGGCCAUCCACCCCUCCUCCGUGCUGUUCCACUGCAAGCCAGCCUGCGUGGUGUACAACGGGCUGCUGCGCACCAACAAGUGCUACAUGCGCGACCUGUGCGUGGUGGACGCCGAGUGGCUGCACGAGGCUGCGCCCGACUUCUUCCGCAGGAAACUCCGCACGGCCAAGGACUGAGCCCUGCCUGGGGCACCAGCUGCAUCAGCUUCACCUUGAAAACUUAUUUUUUU